AUGGCCAUCUUCGACUCGAAAGCUCACGCUGAGCACCCGUCACCCACGGCAAGUUUCAAUGACAAUGAUUUCAACCGGAUCGAUCCUAGCGGAGUCAAGCGAGGUCUCAAAACUCGACAUCUAUCUAUGAUGGCGCUCGCUGGAAUUAUUGGACCCGGUAUACUUGUCGGCACUGGUGGAGCAUUAGGAGAAGGAGGUCCAGCGUCUCUGCUCAUAGCUUUCUGUGUCAUCGGAUUCAUAGCGUUCAGCAUCACGCAAUCCCUGGGAGAAAUGACAACAUUGUACCCAACAGGCGGUGCUUUCGUUACACUUUCCGAUCGGUUCGUCGACAAGGCCUUCGGAGUAGCAGUGGGGUGGCAGUACUGGCUGGUCUGGGCGUGCGUGCUAGCCAACGAGUACAAUGUCGUCUCCUCGAUUCUGGUCUUCUGGGGUCCACAAGUACCUCUCUGGGGCUAUUUUCUGAUCUUCUGGUUCGCAUUCCUAGGCUUUCAGAUGUUGGGCGUGGAAUCUUUUGGCGAGGCAGAGUUCUGGCUUGCCCUCGUCAAGCUUGCAGGUCUUUGCGCCUACUUCAUCUUUGCCAUCAUCUACGCUUCUGGUGGCCUCAUUGGGCAGAACGAAGCACUCGGGUUCCGGUAUUGGCAUGAUCCUGGUCCGUGGGUCGAUGGUUUCCGCGGAGUAGCUACGGUGUUCGUAUUUGCUUCAACUUUUUAUGCCGGUGUUGAGGCAGUUGCUGUGGCUGCUACAGAGACCAGGAACCCUUCGGUAGCCGUACCGCUGGCAAUCCGACAAGUAAUUUGGCGAAUCCUUUUCGUGUACAUUGGAGUUGCUUUCUUCUUUGGUCUCACUUGCCCAUCAAACGCGGACGGGCUAGCAAACGGAGCCAGCCGUGCACUCAAGAGUCCCAUGACUAUAGCGCUGCAAAACGCUGGGUGGGAAGGAGGUGUGCAUCUUAUCAAUGCUUUCAUCUUCAUUACAGUCCUGAGCGCUGCCAACUCCUCAAUCUAUAUUGGGUCUCGAACAAUACUCUUCAUGGCACAAGAAAAGAUGGCGCCCAAGUUCUUGGGGAAGACGAAUAGCCGUGGAGUGCCGGUUUAUGCGAUUGUCUUCACGAACUUGUUCGGCGCGAUAUCCAUGAUGAACGUUAGCACCGGAGGAGGUCAAGCGUACUCCUAUAUCGUCAAUCUGUCCGGUGUCUCUACCUUCCUUGUUUGGGGCUCUAUCUCUUUCACACACAUCCGUUUCCGGAAAGCUUGGAAAGCACAAGGCCGAACUCCCGACAUGUUACCGUUCAAGUCGUUCGCCUAUCCAGCCAACGCCUACUUUGGAGUAUGCGCUAAUGUCUUCCUUGCGCUUGUGCAGGGCUGGACCACACUGAGUCCGUUUGAUGCGGGUACAUUCGUCGACGCCUACAUUAUGCUACCAGUGUUCGUAAUUAUAAUACGCAAAGUCAAGUGUGAUGAAGAGAAGCCGCACUGCAGGCGAUGCACUUCAACAGGCCGUACGUGCGAUGGCUACGACCCAAAUUUCAGGCCUGCGCAAUCAUCAACACCCUCUCCACCGGACUCAUCACGAGGCUCGCCUCACUCUGGGUCAAGCUGGAGCGUUACACGAGCUGGAUCGCCAGUAUUCAUUGCGCCAGCCAUGCGGCUUAACAGCAAAGAGGAACGGGAGAGCUUCGAGUUCUUCACUUCCUACGCUGUAUCGAACCUGCGCGGAUUUCUUGACUCGCCUUUUUGGCAGCGAGAAUUGCUUCAGGCUGCUCACCAUGAACCUGCAAUUCAGCACUGCAUCAUUGCUCUGGGUGCCAUGUAUCGACGCUUCUCCGAAGGCAGCGACUCGCACCUCAAGGAAUCUGCCAUGCUGGACAGGUACUUGCAAUUUGCUCUGCGGCAAUCAAAUCAAGCGAUCCAGGAUCUAUUGAGAAAACAGAAAUCAAACGAGAAGGUAGCUCGAACGGAUAAGGUCACCCUUAUGACGUGUGCUAUCCUGUUCACUAGCAUGUGCUGCCUCCAAGGCUACCAAAGAGACGCAAUUGAGCACGUACGUAGUGGCAUACGGAUGUUGAACGAGGCAGACGAAGACGAAAACGAGAAGUUUGGUCACCCGAUAGAACUGGAGUCCUUGCGCACUAUCUUUGUGGGAUUCGACACGCAAAUCAGGGCGAUAAUGCCCACGCACCUUUCGCGCACAUGGGUUGCAAAGCCCAAGACAAAAACCUUGAGCGCCUCACCAACUCAUACUUUGAACAUGUCUUCACUUCAUGCGAUGCUAGGACAUACGCAGAGCUUGAUGAACAGCAUCCACGCAUUUAACCAGAGGACUAAGCUGCGCCCAGAGGAUGAAAUCGACGAGGUAUAUAACGAACAGACCGAACUCAUCAUGCGUUUCCAUCGAGGCGCGGCCGUUAUGGAACAUCUCUGGAAACAAACACCUGCUUUCGGCGACGACUUUCUCCAACCUCUCACCGCUCUGGAGCUCACGCAAGCUCAGAUGGAGUACCUCUUGCGUGUUCCUAGGUCUGACCUGGUAGUCAAAUUCCCCUGUUUGGGUAACUUUAAGCAAGCUCAUGGGCCAUUUAAACAGCCCUUCGAUGUCGCCGCACAGUUUGUACGCAUCUUCGAACUCGCUGCCAAGCUUCUGCCACUAUCAGGUGCUCUGACACCAAUAUUCCAAGCCCCAGUGGGACCAACGUCUGCGCUCUGGCUCAUAGCAGUUCGCGCACCUUCGUCUUGUCAGGUGUUGCGGAAACGCGCUGUACGGCUCAUGCUAAGCCAUCCGAGAAGAGAGGGGUUUUGGGAUGGUAUGCUUGCAGGCCAGAUCGCAGAAGAGGCUUUGCGGCUGGAGCAAGAACGAACGCGAUCUGAGCUAGGUUUACCCGAGCACGACCUGAAUCAAGAUCUAGAAGUGCCGGAGCAUCUACGCAUCAUUGCAUUCUACCUAACUCAUCCGGAAAAUAGUGACCGUACUGUCAAAGUCGAGUUUUCGGAUGCGCGAGACCUUGCCAUCGGUAUUCCGGGAUCUGUCCGGUGGAUGAGCUGGUAG